UGAUGAAGUUUAAAAAACAUAACCCCGAAUAUGUGCAUUGUUUAUCUUUAUCCAUGAUCUUCAUCGAAUUUAGUGAAUGGUUUAUAGAAUGGCAGAAAACAACGAGGAAGACCCACUGUUAGACAAAGCUGAUAUAGAAUAUAUGCUGGAAUUUGAAACUGAAAUAUUUCUCGACAUUGUACGCAGUGAUGGUUUAGUAGUUGCUGCGAAAGGAUUGAAUCUCGAUUUAGUGCUGCUGAACAUUCUGAAGGUGUACCAAGACCCUGGUAAUCUAGUGUUGGUGCUAAAUGCCACAGAUGCUGAGCAGAAAUAUUUUGAUCAAAAGCUCAAUUAUCAGCAUGUGUACAUUGAGCAUGAUACCGGAGACAAAAGAAUCGAGGAAUAUCUCUGUGGCGGCAUCCACUUUCUGCCAGCCAGGAUUCUAGUCGUCGAUUUGUUAAAGAAGCGACUCCCAAUCGACAAAGUUACAGGAAUUGUGGUUUUAAGAGCCCAUCGGAUUUUCGAAAGCUGCAAUGAGGCCUUUGUGUUGAACUUGUACAGGCAACACAACAAAACUGGCUUCAUCAAAGCAUUCUCAAACAGUCCCCAAAGCUUUACAGUCGGGUUUGCACAGGUGGAACGCGUAAUGAGGGCCCUUUUCGUAAAAGACCUGCACCUUUGGCCACGAUUUCAUGCCCUAGUAAGGAGCAGCCUGAAGAAACACGAACCCCAAGUGAUAGAGUUGCAUAUUCCAAUUAGCGAGCAAAUGAAGAAGCUGCAAACGUACAUUCUGGAAAUAAUGAACAACACAGUGAAGGAGCUCAAACGACUGAACCCCGGCGUAGAACUUCAAGAAGUUACAGUAGAAAACUGCCUGAUUAAGAAGUUUCACAAAAUUCUCCAGACUCAAAUGAACGACAUCUGGCAUCAGCUGAGCAAUAAAAGUACUCAGUUAAUUGCGGAACUAAAAGCCCUGCGACAUUUACUACUCUUAAUGUUUUACUCGGACCCAAUUUCCUUUUACUCAACAAUUCUGGAAUAUCGCAAGGCUGAUUACGCCAGAACGGUCGACUGGGUGUUGAGCCAGUCUGCCGAACUGCUUUUCCGAGAUGCCAAAGCAUUAAUUUACUCAGCGGAUAAAGAAUUUGAUCCCGAAUUUUGUCCAAAAUGGGAGGCUCUUUUGGAAAUCCUUAAAGUGGAAAUACCCGCAGAGAUAAGGAAAAACAAAAGCCCCGAAAACACAACAGUAUUGAUCUUAUGUUCGGACCAACGAACUUGUUAUCAGUUGAACGAGAUUUUAUCACAAGGCCCCCGUUUCUAUUUGCUGCACGAGGCGCUAAAGAAGAAAGUCCCAUUAAAUGCACUGAGCAGCAAUUUCAAAAACUGCAGCAAUCUGCCUGAUGUAGCAAAGGCUGAACAAUCAAACGUGAAGCCCAAGACCCGAAAGGGGGCCAAGAAAAUGAAAACGGACGAAGAAGCAGGAGGAAGUUCGGAAAAUAUCCAACCCAGCAUCGACGAAGAGGAGUUGGAAGACGAAGACUUCCAAAGCACUUAUAUAUUGACAAUGAGCGAAAGUGUAUUGAAAGACUUUGACGAGUCCAGUCGAGAAGAAUCGAUCUUAACACCUUUUACCCAAAUGGAAAACAUGAACAUCACUCAAGUGUGUGAGUCAAUCACGGCGCCUAAGAUACUCAUUCAAACCUUUAAAAGUGGCGAAAACUACAUCAGUCUUCAGAACAAUUUACAAAUGUUGAAACCCAAUUUCAUUGUGAUGUAUCACAGCAACAUCACCGCCGUCCGGGAGAUUGAGAUGUACGAAGCCCAUCGCCAAAGCGACACCCCAUUGAAAAUCUACUUCCUCAUCCAUGCAGGCACAGUGGAAGAACAGGCUUAUCUCACAACUUUAAGGCGAGAGAAGGAGGCCUUUGAGUACCUAAUUGAAACUAAAGCUUCCAUGGUUGUUCCUGAAGACCAAGAUGGAAAAUCUGACCAGUGCAUGACGUUGCAAAGAGGCUCUGCAACUCCCGAAAAAAACACGCGUAAGGGCGGGCAGGCUGAGGAACCAGCCAAGAGGGUUGUCAUUGUUGAUAUGAGGGAGUUUCGAAGUGAUUUGCCCUCCUUAAUCCACAAGAGGGGAAUAGAAAUCGAGCCUGUUACAAUCACAGUGGGAGACUACAUUCUUACACCAGAAAUCUGCGUCGAAAGGAAAAGCGUUUCCGACUUGAUCAGCUCAUUGAGCUCAGGCAGAUUGUACCAGCAGUGUAUGCAAAUGCAAAGGUUUUAUUCCAAGCCCAUGUUGCUCAUAGAGUUUGAUCAGAAUUCGCACUUUGGAUGGAAUAACCAGUACAUGAUUUCUGACGACGACAGCAGCUUUAAAGUGCAAGAAAAAUUGCUGUUGCUUACGAUACAUUUUCCGAAGCUGAAAAUAAUUUGGAGCCCCAGCCCAUACGCAACGGCGCAGUUAUUUGAGGAGCUUAAGCAAGGCAAAGCCGAACCUGAUAUCGGAGGUGCCAUUGCGAUAGGCGACCACGAUCUGGACCUAAUAGAAACCAAGUAUAAUUCGAGUGUUUAUGAUUUUGUGCAAAAACUACCCGGAAUCACUAGCAAGAAUGUUGACCGAUUCUUGAGGUCAGGCAUUAACAUGCAGGCCGUUGUGCAGAAAUCAGAAGAGGAACUCAGGGAUGUUUUAGGCAAUCCAAGUGAUGCAAAAGCUUUGCACUCCGCGCUGCAUGACGAGUGCAGUUCCGCCAAGGAGGCUCAAGAAAAGCCAAAGUUUAGUAGAGUACCGGGUAAAAGUAGCCGAGGUGGAUAUUGGCGAGGCAAAGGAAAAUAGCGGCAUUUUACCCAGGUAGGAAUCUUUUUUUAAAUCUACCUAAACAUUUUCUAUUGUAAGUUUUAAUGUAUGAGGUUUCGUCAAAAUUCUUUAAACUUGGAAAUUCAACUGGUUGUUCUUUUUACAUCGAAAUCCUACUUUUAACUAACUGUGAUCGAAAAAUGCGACUGCUCUAUAGGCCUAGACAUUCCAGAGAAUAAAAUUUGCUAUAAAAAAGUGGCUGCAA